AUGCCGUCCCUCUUCUCUCCCCUGGCCCUCCGCACCCUGCGGACACUCGUCCAACGGCCAACCAUCUCCGCCGCCGCCAUCAAACCUACAUCUUCAGCUCCCCGAUUCCAACCCAUCCUCCGCACAUCCGCCGCGGCGCAAGCAUUCGCAUUCGCCGCAAAGCCCUCCGCGAUUCGCCAAUUCUCAACCUCUCCUUUCCGCCAGGCAACAUUUAACCAAGUCCGCCGCGGGUGCCGGACUUCGCAGGCCGCCCGCCGCUCUCGUUCCCCUGCGCUGAUCAACCGAUCUCAAAUGAAGGGUGUAUGCAUGAAGACGGGUAUCACGAAGCCCAAGAAGCCCAAUUCCGGUGAAAGAAAGACGGCUAGGGUACGCUUGACUAGUGGAAAGGUUGUCACGGCUUAUAUUCCUGGUGAAGGCCAUAAUGUCCAGCAACACAGUGUCGUUCUUGUUCGCGGUGGUCGUGCGCCGGAUUGUCCUGGUGUGAAAUACCAUCUAGUGAGAGGGGCUAUGGACUUGGGUGGUGUUGCCAGCCGAGUGAAUAGCAGAUCGAAGUACGGCACGAAGAAGCCCAAGAAGGAGUAG